AUGAGGAGGCUUGAUGCGGUGCACUUCUCCAUGCUGCUCGUCGGGGUCUCCUUUGCGUGCUACGCCCCGAGUUUGGAUUCCCUGCAGGAGCAGGCGUACCGAUCGGCCGUGGUGAUCGAGGGCGAGGUCCAGGAGCUGCCCGCCAACGCCUCCGCCGAAACGUACAGCGUGAGCGUCCGAGUCCUGGACGUGUGGCCGACCAACAGCGGCGGGCUCGAGCGCCAGCAGCUCGUCACCGUUGGCGACUUUGGCUCUGAGGCUCCGUGCGUCGCAGUGGAGAAGGACCACAGAUACAUAUUUUUCAUGGACCCCACAGAAGAGCCUCUGGUGUUCAGGGCGUCGUUUGCUCCUCGUGAAACCGUUGAGAAGAAUCUCAAAAAAGAUGUGGAGCGCGUUCUGUGCGAGGACUGCGCAUUAGCUCCGAAGGUGGUGAAGCCCAUGCGUUCUCAGUGGGUGUGGGAGGGUGAGCGUGUGACCCUAAAGUGUGAGGUGCAGGGAAACCCGAGCCCAUCCUUUCGCUGGCUCAAAGAUGGGAGUGAACUCCGCAAGAGCAAAGAUGUCAAAAUCAAAACCAACAAGAAAAACUCUAAGGUCCAGAUUAGCCGAGUGAGACUGGAGGAUUCUGGGAACUACACGUGCGUGGCUGAAAACCUGCUGGGCAAGGACAACUCCACCAGCUACAUCAACGUCCAAAGCAUAACGACCACGCUGUCUCCAGGCUCCAGCCAUGCCAGAAAGUGCAAUGAGACGGAAAAGGCAUACUGUGUCAAUGGUGGUGACUGUUAUUUCAUACACGGUAUAAACCAGCUGUCCUGCAAGUGUCCAAAUGACUAUACUGGUGAUCGCUGUCAAACCUCCGUUAUGGCCAGUUUCUACAAGCAUCUUGGAAUUGAAAUUAUGGAGGCAGAAGAACUGUACCAAAAGCGGGUGCUGACAAUAACAGGCAUUUGCGUGGCUCUGCUGGUGGUUGGCAUCGUGUGUGUUGUUGCAUACUGCAAAACCAAGAAACAGAGGAAGAAGAUGCAAAGCCAUCUGCACCAGAACAUGUGUGUAGAACAUCCCAGUCAUAGGCUGGCCAACGGACCCAACCACCCAGGCCCUGGUCCCGGCCCUGAGGAGAUCCCUAUGGUCGAUUAUAUGUCUAAGAACGCCCCAGCCACCGAGCGAGUGAUACGACAUGGAACAGAGACAUCAGGCAACUUCUCGGGCAGCCGGAUGUCCUCACGGUCCCACCACUCCUCUACUGCCACCCACGCGUCCAGUCAUCGGCAUGAGGAGAGGACAUGGAGUAUGGAGAGGUCAGACAGCAUGAACUCGGACUGCCACUCGGGGGCACUCUCUUCCUCAGUGGGCACCAGUAAGUGCAGCAGUCCAGCAUGUAUGGCUCGGCACGCAGCACACCGUGGCUAUUCUGAGCCCGCACGGAGCCCCCUGCAGUACGGAGACUCAUUCGACUCUCUGCGGGACUCACCUCACAGUGACAGGUAUGUGUCAGCACUCACCACGCCAGCCCGUCUGUCUCCAGUGGACUUCUACUCCUCACUGCCCCAGCAGGUGCCUACCUUCCAGAUCACGACACCCAAUGCCAGCCAUGCACUGUCCCUACCACCGGCUAUAGGUUCCUACUCGCCUGGCGAUGAUCAGCCACUCUUACGCCGGCCGUGCCGUGCGCGUAACCCAUACCACAGUGAGGGGACUGGCUCUCUCCCGUCCAGCCCAUACCGCCUCGCAGAUGAUGAGGACUAUGAGACUACACAGGAAUACAUGUCGUCCCGUGAGUGUCCCAAAAAGAGUGGCAGUGGGCGCCGCUGGCACAGGAGGUCACGCCUCAAUGGACACGUUUCCCAGCGUGCCAAGGGGCCAAGGGACUACAGCUCACAGAGUUGCCUGUCGGACAGUGAGUGGGAGGAAGAGGAGGAGCUGGGGGAGCUGGGGCAUGGCGAGAGUACGCCUUUCCUCAGCAUGCAGAACAUGAGCAUGAACAACGAGCCGGCCACUAUCUACCGGCCCAACGACAUGCGGACGUACAGCAGUACAGCACGCAGCACGUCGCGCUCAAACACACACACAAACAAACUGUCACAUUCACGGUCCAAACCGGACAAUGCACCCCUUUAA